UGGACGUAUUAGGCCUAGACGAUUUGCAUUUGUCAACUAUUAACCUGGGCGAUUUAGGAGAUUUAGACUUUUUUAACAUGUGUGGAGUUACCGACGAAGAUAUCGAACUCUCGCAGGUAUGUGAUGAAAUUGAAGAAGAAAAUGCCAUAUCCGAGGGUCUAUGUGAAGUGCUGAAUUUAAAUCGUGUCGAAAAUAUGGACUGUGAAAUUGGUACCGAAUUUGGGUCUUUCAACCUAGAUACUGUGGACCCAGUAGCUGAUAUUUCCGAUGCAAAGCCUCGACCAGUUAAAUCGGAACCUGGUGAUGAUAACGGUGAACGGUUCGGAAAACCGGUGACAGAUGAUGAAAUUUCAAAAUUGAUUACGUCGAACGAGAAUGCUAACACCAAGAAAAAUACCACCUGGGCGCUCAAGGUUUUCGAGGAAUGGCGAGAAAAACGUAAUGGUAAUUCCGUUGGUGAAAUACCACUCUUGCAUUUAAUGACGGCAGAGCAGUUGAAUUUCUACUUGGGGCGCUUUAUUGUGGAAACUCGGAGAGAAGAUGGCAUUGAAUACCCUCCCCGAUCUCUGUACCUUAUAUCGUGUGGGAUAUUGCGCCACCUCAGAAAUAAAAACGUUUUCGACAAAAACAUUUUGGACAAUAAUGACCCAAGAUUUAGUGAAUUCCGGAAAAUUCUUGACAGCAAAAUGAAAGACCUUCUGAAGCGCGGGUUUGGAACGGCGAUUAAGCAAGCUGAGCCCAUUAUGCCACAGGAUGAGGAAAGCAUGUGGGAGAAAGUUGUAUUUGGGGAUGGCAGUUCCGAAAGUCUUCAACAUACCAUGUUUUUCUAUAACUGUAAACUCUUUAGUUUAAGGGGGCAUAACGAGCAUCACGAACUUGAGUGUAGUCAGUUUGUUCUUGGGGAGGACAGCUCAGGAAAAUACGUGGAAUUCAUUGGACGUGCCAGCAAGACUUACAAGGGUGGGUUGGCCCAAAUGCAGCUGACAAACAAGCAGAUUCGACAUUAUAGUCCACCUGGUGAACGUUGCAUCGUCGACUUUUACAAGACUUAUUUGGCUGGCCUUGGUAACGAGGGACCAUUUUAUCGACGUCCGCUGCAGGGACAUCCGCCGAAAUACGGAAACCAGGUUGUAGGUGUAAACAAGCUCAAGACCAUGAUGAAAACGAUCUGCGCAAAAGCUGGACUGUCUGGACAAUACAGUAACCAUUCUGGAAAACGCACGUGUGCCACUCAAUUAUUUAUGGCAGGGGUGGACGAGCAAGAAAUAAUGAGGAGAACAGGGCAUCGAUCUGAGAAAGCAGUCCGUAAAUAUAAAAAACCUUGUGACGAAAUUUCCAGAAAGGUGUCUGAAGUACUCGAUCCCGGAGUGCCCCAGUCGCGAGAGAAAAGAAAGCGCGAGGAGUCCGACAUAGAAAGUGAAAAUGAAGGCCAUCUAAAGAAAACCCCCCGAGUUUUUGGUUCCGAUAUAACAAAUGGACAACACUUUCAUAAUUGUAAUAUUUCUUUCAAUUUUUAAGAAUUGAGACUUGCUAAAAUAAAGUAUGACUGUAAAUGUAAA